GACGGCGACGACGACGACGGCACGAGACGAGCCGCUCGCUCCUCUCGGUCGGCGCGGUCGUAGCGGAGCGAAGCGGAAAGCGCAAAGCCCACACCACACCACACAUCACCAGCUCGCUCGCACGCUCGCUCGCAAUAACUCUAAAUUCGAGGCAAGAUGGCGGCCGCGGCGACGGAGGCCCCGUCCGCGCACUUCGCGCUCGCCACGGGCAACAAGAUCCUCGUGACCGUCGAGUCCGCGCUGCCCGACAUCCUCGUGGUAUCUUUCGUCCAUGGCGCCAAGUGCUUCCAAGGUGCGCUCCUCGACGCCGCUAAGAGGGGCCUCCCGUGCGGCGUUCAGCCCCCGGAGCCGGUGCCGGGCCCCGAUGGCGACAAACUGGCGACGAUCGCGGCACGCUUCAGCUACUUCCAGGAGAAAAGGAGCGCGUCGUCGUCGUCGGCGGCCACCGUCGUUGCCAAGGUCGACCUCCGCAGGAGCAUCAAUCCGCCCGCUAGGUACAAGAACGCGAGGCCUACGGUGAGACUGAGGCCGCGCCAGGUGCUCUGCAGCAAGUGCCGGUCGAUCUGCAACGAGAACAGCGAGAACGUCGACGUCAGCAGGAAGCGAAAGCACGAGGACGCGCAGCAGCAACAGCAGUCGCAGCAGCUGAUCCCGGGGGCCACGAGAAGAAGCGACCGACGUUGCGGUCAGCAACCGCAGAAAACUCAGCGGACGUUGUUGUCAGAAUGCCAGACGGAAAGCGCAAUCUCCAAUCAAGCGACAACGAAGACAAGCUCGAGUAAUGACUCGUCGAAGCUGGGAGCGUCGCUGAUUCCAAAACUGUCGAGAUUGCAGCCCAACGAGAUCAGCAACGCGACUCAGGGGCCUGACAAAGUGAAAGUCGCGGCGAGCGCUCAGUCUUCACAUUGGCCUGUCAGAAACGAAGAGGAGGCGUCCUUAAGGAACGCCAUGCUGGCGUCGUCACAGGAACGGGUGGAGUCUACCGCUGAUUGCGACAAUAAUCCCUCAACGGCUUAUUGCGCCACGCCGAGAAGACUCAGCAGUUCGUCGGUGGAGAGCGCGAAGGUUCCUGAAGAGGAGGACAAGAAGACCUUCGCGGCUGCGGAUUCGACGAUGAGACUGAGAACCGGUAGAGUGCCGAGAAAGAAGCGCUCGGUGGGCUCGAUGGAGGAUCUCUGGGACGAGUCGGUGUUCGAAGAUCCCACGAGAACCGCCAGGACCACACCGGUGAUCAAGAUCUCGUUUGGUGCACAGGGCGAAGGGACCGUUCUCAAGAUACCCGCGAAACCUCAGGAUCCUGACGCGUACGAGCAAGAGACGGACGACGCUGAUGACACUCAGCAAGAGAGAGAUCCUCUGGAGCUGCCCAGAUCCUUCGGCGACGAUUACGAGGGCGAGGAGGACGGACAGGAGCAGGUGGAUCCUCAGAAACAGGGCGGCGUGGUGAAGGACGCCAGUGCGAAGGCGGCGAAACGGGCUCUAAAGAAGGCCAAGAAAGAGGCUAGGAGAAAGAUGCUGGGCGGAGUCUCGCCAGCGAGAUCGCCUUGCAACGGAUCGCCGAGAUACAACCCCACGUAUGAUCCGCUCUCAUAUCAUCGCCGGAAACACAAGGUAAAGCAUAAAAAGAAGCACAAGGAGGGCAGGAAGCAUAAGAAUCAGCCACAGGAACAACCGCAAUCUGAACAAUCUUGUUUGGAUUCCGUGCAACAACCUCAGCAGCAGUUGCAGCAACAACUGGAGGAGAAGCAGCAGCAGCAGGAGCAACAAGAGCAGCAGCAACAGAAUUGGAAUGUCUUACCGGGCGGCGGUGAAUCCUACAGAGCCAUCAAGGAGCAGUGCCUGAAACAGAAGCUGUCGAUAUCCCUGAAGAGGCUGAACACAAAUGCGUACGCGCGUUGUGAUUAUCCCGUGAGCAACGCGUCCUCCGGCUGCAAGAGUUCUGGCGGUAGUAGCGACGAGUUGAGCGAACACGAACCCGAAGUAGAGACCGCGCCAGAUUUUCCACCCCAUCAGUCGCAUCCUCUGGUCAUGCGCUUAGCUGCCACCUCCGUGGCUCACUGUCUUACGGCCAACGGCAGGCGGAUGGACGUGGGCGACGUCGUAUGGGGCAAAAUCCACGGCUUUCCCUGGUGGCCCGGCAAGGUGUUGAGUAUUACAUUAUCUUGCAAGGAAGACGGUACCUCAUCGGGUCCUCAAGCUCAUGUGGCUUGGUAUGGAUCGUCAACGAGUUCGCUAAUGUCCUGUGAUCAAUUAAGUCCCUUUCUGGAAUCCUUUAAGACGCGAUAUAACAAAAAGAAGCGCGGUCCGUACAAGGAGGCGAUACGGCAGGCCCAAAACGAGGCUCGAAGUCAAAUCACGCCUAAUUCAACCAGCAGCGUGUUAAACGUCUGUGGUUCGCCCCGCGAAGUCAACGUUCUUUCCUAAGGGAAGUUUUCCGGCAACCAUUCCUUACUAACCAGCAUCCGUCAGCGUGAUAAUUGAAGCGCUCGCGGCGAGAGAGGGAGAGAGAGAAAGUGUGUGUAUGUGUGUGCGUGUGCAUCUAUCAGUAAUUAAUAACACCUUGAAACUCGUUCAACAUUUCUCAUCAAUGUACGCUUCUCGUAAAACGUUCUCUUUCGCGACAAGUUUAAAUGUUUGGAUCUUAACUCUGCGAUCAUUUCAUUCAAAAUUGAAGUAGAUUUCGCAUCUUUGAAAUUUCCGGUGAUUUCAACAUACGCUUCUUUUCUCUUAGCAUGACGGUUGUUGCUACUAAUCCCACUAAUGACUGAAGAGCUAACACUCUUACGUCACAUAUGCGGGUCAACACUAACUUACCGCGAACGCUUGGAUUAACGACGGAUCAGAAUGUAAUAUAUAAAGUUUUGUACAUACUCAUAGCGCUAAUGAAGUUACUGAUCAAUGUUUUGUCAGCCAUCUGUCUCGUUAUCAAUCACCUGGAGUCAGUUGCUGGUAUAUAUUAACUGUUUUUGACCGACAUUUUUUACGCUCAUAUUUUUUUCUACAAUUUUACAAUAAAAUUUUAACUUUUUUUAUUAAUACUAUUUUGACAAUGAAGUUUUCGAGACAUACAAUGUUGAAUUCUAUCGCGAUUCUAACGAAUUUUGUAUCGUUAAAUUUUGAAGCUGUCAGAUUGAAAAACUGAUAAGAAAUCAAUAUUGAUUGAAACAUCUUCCUUUUAAUGUUAACGACGUUUAAAUUAUGUAUAAUGUUAUAGAUUUAUGGUGAAUUCAUAUUGCAUUCUUCAAUUGUAGAAUAUUUGAACUCUAUAGUGCAAUCGUUUGUUAAGUAUACGUUUUCGUUUAGAAGAGAACAAACAAUCGUGAAGCAUCAACAAAAAUCGCUAAUAUCUGCCCGGUCGACUGACUUCCGGCGAAUCGAGUCGCAAACGUUUACUGCCAUCGUCACUGGCUUUUCUGUCCUCAGCUUACCAAGCGGACAGUAGCGCGCAAAAAUCUUAUUCUAGGUAUUUCUAUCACAAGUACUCACUAUGAGGUUCAUUCUUUCGUUCAUUAAUCUCUCAAACGUCUCGGGCGGCGUGACUCACGAUUGCCCAAAAUUAAUAAUUAUACAUAUAUAUCCCGCGACUAUCUCAGACUGCACGUUAUUACCAUUAUGUGUAUAUAAUAAUAUAAUAAUAUAUGUUUAUCAUAUGCGGUAUAUUUUUCAGAUUUGAUAUGUACAUAAAAAUUAAGAAUAUGUAUUUAUAUAUAUACAUAUAUCUUUCAAUUUUUAUCUACAGCGUGUUUUAGUUUAUUCCGAGACGAGAGAAGCAGUGAUUCAUAUUUGAGGGAUUAAGUGUAAAUUAUUGGUAAUAGUUAUUAAUUAUUAUUUCCGACGGCCGCCAUAGUGAUUCAAAUCGCAGAUCCAGCUGGACAAAAGCGCUUUGUUUGCGUGUGCUUAGGACUGUAUUUUAAUGUAAAUUUUCCUUUUUCUCCGAUAAAGACAGCCAAUGUUUACGCUUUGUGCCAACACUGCCGUGUAAUUAAAUCGAUUGUUUGAUAUUCGAGCAACGGUAAUUGUAACACGAGUUUACAAUAGCUUAGGUGAAUUUCGAUCCCUAAAAACCAAUUAACUAAAUGCAUACACAUUUCUUUCUUCUGAAGAGAGAGAUAUAUAUGAAACGAUAGAAAAUUUUCUUGUAUAGUUACAGAUUGAAGAUUAACAAAAAAUAGUUUUAUAACUUUGAUAAAUGAAACUUUUAGUGGGUUUUAGUUGCGAAUUAUUAAAACAUUAAGAGCCAAGAGUAUUAACUUGGUUCAUAGCUUCGGGAACUUGUCGAUAUUAUAAACUGGAAUUCUGAAUUCAUCAUUACGAAUUAUUUCGUAGAAAAGAAACCAAUAAUUAGAAAUCGGACAUGUUCUAAUCUAAAAGUAGCGAAUACAUUGUGAAAUCGCCAAUAGUACUUAAGAAAUCCUGAUUAUUGUUACAUCGAUGUUGUGCCACUGCCUCGACACGAUUUUCUUCCACGAAAAUAUUUCCAUGUCUGAUCGAAGUCAUUACGGACUGAUUUGUUUUUCUUUUUGUAGUGUUGAAAUUGUGUAUUUCUUGUGGAAAGACGCUCAUUUCUACAGAAUCCUUCAGUUUGCAAUACACAACAUAUGAAGAACUGGAGAUCGGCAGAAUUAGAAAAAAUAUCGAGAAUUUGUUAAUUAAGUACAAUAUUUUAAUCGUGACUAAAUAUUAUAAAUUAUAUUAGAACAUUAACAAUUGAAACGGGAUAGCCGAAAUUUAUUUGCAAAGCAACUCCUUGCGAAUAAGUUUUGUGAAAAAGAUAGGCAUAAAGGGUUCUGCAAAAUUGGCUACGAUAGCCCUUUUGUUUAUUUAAUUUAAUAAUCGAAAGUGGGUUUGUUCCCGCGAUACGUCGUCUAUACAUAGAUGCAAAAAAAAAGAAACGUGUGUAUGUGUAAACGUAAGUGCGAAAUGUAAGACGGAGAGUGUCAAAGAAAAAGAAAGAUUGUGCGUGUGUGAGAGAAAGGGAGAGCUUGGAAGAAAGAAGAGAAUGGGAAGAUAAGGUGUUUUAAGUAACUGUGAUUUUUUUGCAAAUGUUUUAUAUAUAUAUUAUAUAUAUGUAUGUUAUAUACAUAAAUAUGAAUUAAUUUCACAUAAUAUAAACGAUGUUUCGAUGUCGCUGUGUUUAUACGGACUAGGCUAACAUAUCGUUAACGGAAAUAAUGAUGACGAUGAUUAUUAUUAUUAUUACGGACGAUCAUUAUAUUAUGAUUAUUAUUCCUUAUUGUUACGGAGCUCGAAUGUUGCUGAUUGCUUGCUGUAUACGAGAAUGAAUCGUAUCGUCUAUUGGCGCAUUCUAUCGGCUUAUUAAACAAAUCGAAGUGGAAAUGUUAAUUUCGUCACGAAGGGAGAGAAACUUUGUGCAUUUCUUAUUUUCUUCUAACAAAACAUUUUUAUCAAGAAUCCUUUGUUAUUCGUACUUACGAGGCGCCGUUUCACAUCGCGUCGGCCGCUUUUGUUAUUUAAUUUUUCUCUCUCUUUUUUUACGUAACGUUUUGUGUUAAGUAUUUAUGUGCGGCAGAAGAAGCACUCGUAUGCCAUUGUUUCGCCAUAAAACGCACUUUCUCCAGACGUAUUAUUAGAAAACGUACAUGAUAUUCUCACGGCAAUAUAUUUAUAUAUUGUAUAUAAUGCAUGAUGAAAGAAAUUCAUUUAUUUAGAAUCCUUUCUGAUUUUGUCAAAUGUAACAAAUGAAUAUUUUAUAGCUAAACUUUGUCGAGAAACUUAUUUAUUAUUUAGUGAGAGAUACUUGGAAGCCAUAGAACGGCGGAGAAAUCUGGAGAAAUAAUACGGCAAACGAAUUCCGCUGUGCGAGUGCUAUUUUUACGCAUUUUACGCAUAACGUGCGUUGAUUUAGGAAUCACAAUUAAACAUUAAUUUACAAGGUAUUAAUGUUGCGAUUUGGCGAAAUUUUCAGGUAGGCAAAAUGAUUUGAAUAAAUCGGCAUAUCUACCUCAA